AUGGUCUCCGCCAAGUCAGUCGCAGUCCUCGGCAGCAUGCUGUUGGGCAAUGUCAUUGCUGAUGACAAGAUGGGCCCCGCUGCGUUCCUCUGGCCCCCUGACCGCGUGUGGUCCGCCGACGCCGAUAACACGGCCCCUUGCGGUUCCACCAACGGCCCCGGUGCUCGCACCGAGUUCCCCUUGGUCAAUGGCAAGCUCGCUCUUGUGACCCAGGACACUACCCGUUCCGUCCACCUGAGUGUCUCCUACGAGAACGAUCCCAAGUCCGUCUCCGACUUUGAGACGUUCCUUGGCCCCAGCGAGGUCGGCAGCCUCGACCUCGGCCACACCUGCAUCACGGUCCCCCAAGCCCCGGAGGGCACUGCGGCCGGCGCCAACGCAACCUACCGCAUGCUCUACGUCUCCAACUUCGAGGAGGACGAGUCCAAGCGCGAGACCUUUUACGCCUGCGCCGACGUCACCUUCGUCGACGUCUUCGCCGCCUCGAUCCCCUGCUUCAACGCCACCGUCAGCGACCCCGAGGUCUCCGUCGACGAGACCGUCGACGUCACCACCACGGACGCCGGUGGCAAGACGCCCCAUACGGCCGCCGACUUCACGGCUUCUAAGUCCGACGGCAGCUCCUCGGGUCUCUCUGGUGGUGCCAUUGCCGGCGCCGCCGUCGGCUCCAUCGCCGGUGUCUCCAUCCUCGGUCUCGCCGCCUUCUUCCUGUGGCGCCGCAAGAACAACAAGAAGAACGCCGUCACUGAGCCCAUGCAGCAGCGCUGGGAUGCCGAGAAGGCCGUCAGCGAGACUUCCUCUGUCAACAGCCGCCCCCAGAAUUAG